UGUCACGCGACAGUUGUGACGUUUAUCAAGGAAAUAAUAUCCUCAACAGUCUUCCCCUUGGUGUUUGAAGCUCUAAAUACUCAGGAUUUGUGACAUACACAUUUCUUCUUUCUUUCAUUUUUUGGCGGUACCCACACUCCCUUAUCACUGACUCGUCUGGCAGUCGAAAGUCAAUCUUUAAUUUCGAUCCACUUGAUGUCGUAGUGAUAUCAAAGGUUGAGAUCCCUACUCAUUCGGUAGCCAUUUUGGUCACCAGCGACGUCAAGACGCAAUGGCUUUUUAUUGGAGCCUUUCCUCGCCAUUGGUCCUUGCGUUUUUUCUAGGUUUCAUCCAUUUGUGGCCUUGCACAGCGGCAGCUGCAAACUGCAGUAAAUACAGCGGCAUGUCGUGUAAAGAAUGCGUCGAACAAUCUGGGUGCUUUUACUGCAAGCCAACCAAAUUAUGCGAGGCUGGUGAUUUGGUGAAGAGCACUCUCCAAAAGUCUUGCGAGGGUCAGGAAUGGAUGACAGAACAGUGUCUGGUCACUGGAAAAAUUCUUCUCAUUGCCCUGCCUGUGGCGGGUUUCGUGUUGCUUGUGACAAUAGGAUGUUGCAUCUACUGCUGCUGUUGUCGAAAAACGAGAGCAAGGGGAGGGACUGACAAAGAUGAGGUCAAGUCUCAUCGGAAGAGAAAAAAAAUAGCUGAUAAACACAAGGAAAGGGAAAAAGAAAGGCAAGAGAAACGUGACGAAAUCAGGAAAAAAUAUGGUAUAGAAUCUGUAUGAAGAUGGAAUAAAGACACAAAUUCAGAAGCUUCUCUUACCAUUGUAUCUGUUAAUCAAGGCUUCGCAAUGACGACAUAUUUUAAGAUGUCAUUAAAAUGCCAUUAAAAUGGCUUUGCUCAGGCUGCAUCUUUGAGUAAAGAGUCUGAGCUUAUGUAGUUUUCUAUGCUUUAUUAACAAUGAUGUUGUGUGGAGAGAGUAAUCUUGAAGUUAAACCUAUCAGCUGACUUAGGUUUUGUUGUUAGCUUAUAUAAUAAACCCCAACGAAACCCAGGUGCCGCGAGACAACAUAUAGGGUUUUUGUGUCAAAUGAUACAAGUGUACUUUUAAUCAGGUAUUACCCCAAGCAAUUAUGCAGUAGUUGAGAAAAGGCUCAACCAGAGCAUAGUACAGGCUAAGUAGUGUUUUAGUACUUAAGAAAUAACUUAGUUUAGAAAGAAUGCCUAUACUUCUCUUGAUUUUUUUAGAAAUAUUAGUAAUGUGCAUCUUCCAACUAAUAUUGUAAUCAAUGUAAACUCCAACGUAUCUAAUGGAAGUUUCCUGGGUCAACAUCUGAUUGUUUAUAGAUAACAUGACCUGUUUGGGCAAUUUUCUUUGAAUUGGAUGGAAAAUAACAAAGUUUGACUUAUCAAUAUUUAAUGAAAGCUUAUUUGCACAUAGCCAAGUAAGAACUUUCUCAA